ACAACAUACGACAUACAAAUAAAGUUAAAGAAAAAUUUAUCAAUUGAAACUUGCUAGCAUUGCUCGACAGCUUGGAGUGUCACUAAGAAGAAAAAAAAACUCUACCAAGGGUCCGUUUGGUGGCUUGAAAUUUCAAGUUACAUGGAAUUUUCCUAACUCGUCGAAAAAUUGAAUUAAAAAUAACGCAACUCUUGAGUGCACUCUCCGCUAUAGAUUUAAGCUGUUGUUUAGUCCAAUUAUUCUACAAAUUAAACAAGAUCGAGCAACUAUUUAUCAAGUAUCCACUAAGGUAUGAAUAUCAGACAAGCUGCAAUUGUAUGCUCCCCUCUUCCCCUUUUUCGCCUCUUCUUCUCGUCUCUGCAAGAGGCGCUUUCGAUUUCUGGAGACAAGGCGAAGAAAGAAGCCGAGGAUCAAAAUGUCGAUGUUGCUUCUGAUCCAAGUAACGCAACAGCCCAGACGCAUUUCCGGCAACUUCAGCACUUAAGAACAACUUGAUCAUAAUGUUGUUGGGUGCCCAUAUUAAUCAAGGGAGAACUCUUCUUUUUGUGUUUUACUUGUUCUUGCUUAUAACGCGUGGAUUUGAGAGCUCUGCAGAGCUUUCAGCUUCUCCAACUUGUUUCUCGCCGUCUCCUGCUAUAUCUUUUCACAGCGAAUCCCAAAGUUCCCGGAGAAAAAAAGCGUUUCGUUUGUUGAUCGAUUUGGGGAAAAUGUCGAGGAGAAUGGUGGUGGCGGACCACCGUGAGACGGAGGAUGAGUCGUCGAAAGCGGCGGCGAGGAGGAGGAAGAGUAUGAGGUGCAGGAUCUGAGGGACCGAAUCAAAUCGUCGUGCGGGAGCCAGUUCAAUCUAAUCAAGAACGAAUUAGGACUCGGCGACGGCUCUUCGACUUGGCGGCGGCGGUUCAGUCAUCGGAUCCUGCUAACUGGUGGUAUCGGGUAUGGAUGAAAUUCAUACUUUUAUGGGCAGUGUACUCGUCCUUCUUCACACCUUUUGAGUUCGGGUUUUUCAGGGGUUUGGGGGAGAGACUCUUUAUACUGGAUGUAGUAGGACAGGUAGCAUUCCUUGUAGACAUUGUUUUGCAGUUCUUCAUCGCCUACCGAGACAGUCACACCCAUCGAAUGGUCUAUAAGCGCAACUGGAUUGCUCUACGGUACUUGAAAUCGAGUUUUAUCAUUGACUUGCUUGGCUGUAUGCCUUGGGAUCACAUCCACAAGGCUUGUGGAAGAAGAGAGGAAGUGAGGUAUCUCCUAUGGAUAAGGUUAUGUCGGGUGUGCAAAGUCACUAGGUUCUUUCAUGACCUAGAAAAGGGUAUUCGUAUCAAUUAUCUGUUUACGAGGAUUAUAAAGCUUAUUGUCGUUGAACUCUACUGCACGCAUACAGCGGCCUGCAUAUUCUACUAUUUGGCCACCACCCUACCUGCUUCACAAGAGGGGUACACAUGGAUUGGAAGUUUGAAGUUAGGUGACUACAGUUAUUCAAGCUUCAGGGACAUUGACCUAUGGAAGCGCUACGCUUCUUUGUAUUUUGCCACUGGUUAUGGAGAUAUUCAUGCAGUCAAUCUGAGGGAAAUGAUAUUCAUAAUGGGUUAUGUAUCUUUUAACAUGAUUCUCAGAGCGUAUUUGAUUGGUAACAUGACGGCGUUAAUUGUAAAAGGAUCAAAGACAGAAAAGUUCAGGGACAAAAUGAUAGAUCUCAUCAAAUAUAUGAACAGAAAUAGACUUGGGAAGGAUAUCCAUAAUCAAAUCAAGGGUCACUUGCGUUUAAACUAUGAGAGUACCUGCACGGAGGCUGCUGUUCUCCAGGAAAUUCCUGCUUCAAUUCGCUCUAAGAUUUCGCAAACUUUAUAUUUCCCAUACAUUGAAAGUGUUCCUCUGUUCAAGGGAUGCUUGACAGAAUUCAUCAAUCGGAUUGUUAUUAAACUGCAUGAAGAAUUUUUUCUCGCUGGAGAAGUGAUCAUGGAACCAGGAAAGUUAUAUAUUUUGCCUGAAAGAUGUAUUUCUUCUCCACAGCAUCUCGCUGCAUUAAAAGGACAUGAAGAUAUUACACUUUUCCUUAUUCUGGAAGGAGUAGACAUCAACAUCAAGGACAAUUUUGGGAACACACCCUUACUUGAAGCCAUCAAGAACAGGAAUGAUCGAGUUUCUUCUUUACUUGUCCAACAAGGGGCCUCCUUGAACAUCGACAAUGCUGGUAGUUUUAUAUGUACAUCCAUUGCAAGGGGGGACGCAGAUCUCCUUAAAAGGUUAUUGGCAUAUGGCAUUGACCCAAAUUCAAAAGAUUAUGAUCACCGGACUCCACUUCAUGUAGCUGCAUCAGAAGGACUAUUUAUAAUGGCAAAGUUGCUGUUAGAAGCUGGGGCUAGCGUUUUCUCGAAGGACAGAUGGGGAAAUACCCCACUAGAUGAAGGUCGGAUGUGUGGGAACAAGAAUUUAAUCAAACUGCUGGAAGAAGCAAAGGCAGCUCAGUUGACAGAAUUCCCUUACUGUGCUCAAGAAAUCACAGAUAAAAUGCCCCCAAAGAAGUGCACGGUGUACCCUUUCCACCCAUGGGAAAGCAGAGAAGGAAGGAGACCUGGAAUCGUGUUAUGGGUGCCGAGUACCAUUGGAGAGCUCAUCCGAACAGCAGGAGAGCAACUGGAGUUUUCAUCGAGUGGUUCCGGUAUAAUAUUAACAGAAGAUGCAGGUAAAAUUCUUGACGUGGACUUGAUAAAUGAUGGUCAGAAGCUGUAUUUGGUCAGUGAGACACAUUUUAUAUAAACAUUGUGGUCAUUCGAUAGUUUUAUUUUGUAUAUAGUCCUUGUAUAAUUUUGUAAAACAUCUGCAUUAGGUGUAAGCAUAACGACUAAAAUGCAUCGUUUUUGGGUUAAUUUCCAACAGAGAACGAAAGAGUGAAGUGCAAAGACAGCAUUUGAUUCUUUCGUUACUAGGUGAAUUCUGAAUUUUAAGAA